UUAGAAAAACUCACGCAUCCAUAGAGAAAAAAGUGUGUUCUGCUUCUCUUUCCUUUUCAUUUUCUCUCUCUAAUCGUCGAUAGCGAAUCCAAAUUCUGCAUUGUCAUCUGCAAAUACUUCAAACCCAUAAUGUAUAUAACGGAAUUAUAGACACCCACAAAAUUUUUACACGCGAAUUUUCAGAAAUUUACCUGGUUUUUCUGAGGAAGUAGUUGCUGGAUUUGGAUUCUUUUAAGUGAAACUUUUGUGAUAGUUGUUUCAGAAUUGCCAUUUCCUGAAUUGGUAAUUUGUGACGUUUCAAGUCUAUUUCGAGGAGUGAUUUUAGUGAUCUGAAUUACUAGUUUUAUUUGUAGAUUGGACAGUUGUGGGAUCAAAAUUGUAUUUGUCCUUUUUCUAUUUUUGUGAUUAUUUUUCCAAGAAUUGUUUUUUUUUUUGUCUUGAGGGAGCUUAGAUAGUGGUCUAAUUCAUGUUAAUUGGAAUUGUUUGGAUGUGGGGCGAUACAUAUGAGAGAUGUUGCUUGAUGAAAGGUUCUAGCUUGCAUAAUUUUUGGAGAUUCAGGUUGUAACAUUAAGUAGCACCUAUUUUGAUCUUCUCAACAUUUGGGUUUGAGGUGUUUGUGGUGGAAACUUGGACAUGAGAAGCCCUUUGUUUACUAAACUAUCAAUACUGUUCGGCCGUAGACUGCCAGUAAACUGGUUACUCUUGUGCCUGCUCAGUGUAUUUGUGCUAAUAGCAUUCUUAGAAUCAUCUUUUUCUAGUACCUUUGACUCUGUGGCCUAUUCUGCAAAGCCUGAUAUCUAUACGAGUUAUAGAAAGUUAAAGACGCAAGUGCGAAGCGAUUAUUUAGAGCUAAAGAGCCUUUCUGUAGGAGCCAGUUGGAUAAAGGACAUUGGUUUCUGUGGGAAAGAAAGAGAGAACUAUGUAUCUUGUUAUAAUGUAUCUGCAAAUUCGCUAGCUGGGUUGAAAGAUGGGGAGGAGUUUGAUCGACACUGUGAGUUAUCACACGGACAACCACAUUGUUUGGUUCGUCCUCCGAAGGACUAUAAGAUUCCUCUGAAUUGGCCAGCAGGUAGGGAUAUCAUAUGGAGUGGAAAUGUGAGGCUAACCAAAGAUCAGUUCCUUUCUUCUGGAAGCAUGACAAAAAGACUAAUGUUACUGGAAGAGAACCAAAUUGCUUUUCACUCAGAUGAUGGAAUGAUGGUUGAUAGUGUCAAAGAUCACUCUCACCUUAUUGCUGAGAUGAUUGGGCUCGGAAGUGAUGCAGAAUUUCUUCAAGCUGGUGUCCGCACUGUACUAGAUAUUGGUUGCGGAUUUGGUAGCUUUGGUGCUCACCUACAUUCGCUGAAGUUGAUGGCUCUUUGUGUGGCAGCAUAUGAGUCAUCUGGUAGCCAAGUUCAGUUUGCACUUGAGAGAGGACUUCCGGCAGUCAUAGGCAACUUUGUUUCGAAACAGCUUCCAUUUCCGUCGUUGUCUUAUGAUAUGGUUCAUUGUGCUCAGUGUGGAAUCAUUUGGGACAGCAAAGAUGGACUAUUUUUAAUUGAAAUUGACCGUGUACUCAAGCCUGGAGGUUAUUUUAUUUUAACCUCACCCACAACCCGGCAGCAGCAGGAUAGUUCUACAAGUGCAAAGAAGGGAAGCAUGUCUACUCCUUUGGAAGAGUUCACUAAAAAACUUUGUUGGUCUCUUUUGGGACAGCAGGAAGAGACUUUCAUCUGGCAGAAGACAGUAAAUUCUCAAUGCUAUAGCUCACAGUUUAGUAUACCCAUUUGUAAAGGAGAGGACAUGCAACUGUACUACCAACCACUUGCACACUGUAUUUCUGGGACAAGCAGUAACCGGUGGGUUCCGAUUCACGACAGAUCUGGUCCUCUGAACUCAACUGAUAUUAAAAUUAAUGGAGUCGAUCCUGAUGAUUUCUUUGAGGAUUCAGGAUUCUGGAGGUCAGCAUUGAGAAAUUAUUGGUCUUUGCUGUCGCCCUUGAUUUUCUCUGACCAUCCAAAGAGGCCGGGUGAAGAAGAUCCAUCGCCUCCAUACAAUAUGGUGAGGAAUGUCAUGGACAUGAAUGCACAUUAUGGGGGCUUAAAUGCUGCAAUGUUGGAGGCAAGUAAAUCAGUGUGGGUGAUGAAUGUUGUGCCUCUUGGGGCGCGUAAUACGCUUCCUCUCAUACUUGAUCGAGGUUUAGCCGGUAUUCUGCAUAACUGGUGUGAACCGUUUCCUACAUAUCCACGAACAUAUGAUCUGCUCCAUGCUAAUGGGCUCCUUUCACACAUUGCUUCACAAGAUUGCAGUAUGCUUGAACUACUACUUGAGAUGGAUCGUAUUCUGAGACCCGAGGGUUGGAUUAUUCUUUCUGAUACAUUGGUUCCUAUAGAGAAAGCACGCGUGUUAGCCACACAAAUCCGGUGGGAAGCUAGGGUGAUUGACCUCCAGAAUGGAAGUGACCAGCGGCUUCUUGUAUGCCAAAAACCAUUCACCAGAAAGUGAUUUUUCUGGAAAUGAAUACUUUUCAACACUGGUGACUUUCCUAAACAUAACUGCGACAUGUUGAAUCACGAAGAAGGAAGUUUCCAUUGUGAUAUGUCAUUUGUUCAUUCAUUCAGUGGAAUUUAUUUGAUCUUACAAGCUGCCUAAGGAGGCCUUAUUGAAAAUUAUUUUAUUUUAAAAGAAAUUGUUUUACUUGUUCCCAAAGUAUCUCACUUCAUGUGUUGGCCAUAGCCCUUUUUCACAUGUUGUGAUAGUACUAGUCAAAUGGCUUCACUUGUCAUCUUUAGUAUCCAUUUCAAAAGCCUCCCUAAUUGUGAUCUACAAAUUGUGUAGAAGUGUUCACAGAGAGAUAGAGAACAAAGCAACUCUACUCAUUAACAAAACUUCUUGUUUUGCUGGUUUUGUAGUAAUUAUAUUUUGUUGUUCCUGA